AUGGCUUCCAAAUUCAAUCUCUACGAUGGAGAGCAGUCCAAUACCAUCGCUGGUCAUCCUGUUGUCUACAGGUACAUUCCUGGUCGAGAAUUUUCUCAGCCCCUGGUGGUGUUCGUGCCGGGAAUGGCUCACAACGGGCGCAUCUCAUACGGACACCCAGGAUCCCAUAGUAAAGACUUUCUCUCUCACUGGUUCAAUCACUAUGGAUACAAUUUCUUGGCCGUUUCAUACCCUCUGGAUGCAGAGCUACCACUCAUGCCAAAUCAAAGCCCACAUUUCACGAUCCCGGAAUGGGGGACUCAGACUGCGAUUGUGAUCAGUCGAGUCGUGAAGGAGAACAGCCUCGACGGGGAUAUUCUCAUCAUGGGCUGGAGUAUGGCUGGGAAGAUCCUGGAACCUGUCACAGAAGAGCUACAGAAGUUGGGACUUGAUGUUCAUCUCUUUGUUUCGCUGGCUGCGACACCAGCUCUGCCCGGUCUGGUCCCUCCUGUGGCAAGGCAUCAAAUUGAUCAGACAACAUCGGGCUAUUCAAAGAGGGCGUAUGUCACUGCGACCUUUCGCCGACAUCUCGAUGAGCAGGAAAAGAUCAAUGGACUUGAUGGCUCUCGGUUCCUAAUUGAUCCUGUCAUCUAUGAAAGGGAGUACCUUGGUGCUACACCUGUCGCCCUCACGGCAUGUGGGUAUGAAUUUGACAUGGAGACCAGAACAAUUGUCAAAGAACGCAAUCCCUGGAAGCUGUUGGAAGAUGGUCAGGCACAUAAGUUUUCCUGUUUGCCUUCCAUGGCCGCCGUAUUCCCUACCAGUGGGCUCGAUUUACGCCAUGGAAUUACUGACAAAACAACCUGGUCAUAUCUCAUCGUUCAACGUGCUAUGGCUGAGCUGAGCAGAAGCAGACGAGUACGUCAAUAUCUGCAAGGCAAAGAGGAAUCUUCUCAGGCUACUCUUGCCAUGAACAGAUCACACUUCCAAGACCUACAACAGGUCGUUUCGGGCAUCCCAGAGCUCUUGACGGCCGAUAUAAUGGGAAAUCACUUUUUCUUCGUCGGGGAAUUUGGAGCCAGGAAAACUGCAGAAACAGUGAUUGAGUUCCAGAGGAGAUUGCAAGUUGUUAAGCAAAGUCUAGAAAGUAAACUUGACAGUCUGUUUGGGCCGUCGAGCUGA